AUGGCUGUUUAUGAUGAUCUCUUCAAUAUGGAUGAUAGUAUGCAAGCUCAUGGAGCUAUUUUCGGACCAGAGCCUAGGGAACAUACAUCAUGGACACAUGAACUUAUUGCCGGUGGAGUUGGUUUUGCCGCUAUGAAAGCUUACGAAGAGUAUGUUCGUAGUAAUGGCACACAAUUAUCACAUCCAAAGAUGAAAGAAAUGCUUGCCAGCUUAGCAGCAGCCGAAGUUGAAAAACUUUUUGAAACAAAAGGAAUUGACUUUCUAGAUCUGGAAGAGGCAAAACUUCGUGCUAUUAAGCAAUCACAUCAACUUGCUGAGGAAAAAUAUGGAUCAGGUGGCACAUUUCUUCUGGAAGAAAAUUAA